AUGUCCCUCGGCAUAUACGCCGGUUCCGGAACACCGACCAUAUACACAAUGACGACGACGAAACCAUUGAAAGUACUCUAUUUUGAUGGACAGGCAGCCUCGUUGACAUACUGGGGAACGCUUGAUUCGCAGAUGGCGCUGCUGCAAAACCAAGUUCCGGAUAACGCUAGCGAGAGAUUGGUUUUCGAUGAAGACCGGAGGGCAAGGGAGCUUUGCGCCCUCCUAAAAAGCCUCGGUAUCGAUGGCAUUGUUCGCAUGAAUGCUGGGUUUGAGGUCUUGAUCUGCGACUAUGUUGCUGUUGGUGUUCGUCAGGUGCAUGCUAGCAAUAUCACAGUCCCGGGAAAUGUGGAAAGAGAACAUGAUCCCAGCCUUCCGCGGGAUCCGAAUAGAGCACCCCCGCUAGGAUAUGGCAAUGAAUUUGCGCCACAGAAUAGCUGGGAGUGGAUCAGAAGUGGCACCUGGCAUUACGGCACAGGAGAAGCUGCUGCUGAUAGCAAUAAAGAGACGCGUGUCUCACUUGAUCUUUGUCGAUUUAUCACGUAUUAUGACCCAUUCCUUCGCAGUCUUAGUGGCCAUCAUCACAGCCAGCAAGAUGUCUUGUACCAGAAUGGCUGGGGAUUGCGCAGAGGUCAUCGAUUGUCAGCCAUAUCGGCGAACGAUAUCGGAACUGUGAAGUCCUGGUUGAAACAAAUCGCUGCACCCAGCAAACAGGACUGUUCUGGCAUCGACUGGCAAGCGCUCACCGAGAACGUCGUUAAGCAACAUGGAACUCGCGCAAAAGAGAUGUUGGCAAUAGUGAGGCAUGCCGCUAAGGACAAUAACACUAUGCAGGAAGCUCUGACCAAAAUCCAUGAGUUGUCACAUGCAGUACUCUACACCUAUCUGGAAUAUCCCACUGCGGUAGGCAUCUCGCCUGCAGCUGCCAAAAAGCAGACAAUAUCAAGGUGCUCUGGAAUUUACACUGAUCAUGUCGACAGCAAUCGUCUCAGCGACUUUGAGGUAAUUAUCAGAGAUUCAAUUAAACUAGUGAUGCAUAAAUUGUGUUCAUGGGAGUUUGAUCUCUUUGCACUGAGCGACCGGUACACCUCAGACUUAUUCGACCCCAAACACGAACUUGUUGUUUCUUCCGGACUUGUGUCUGUAGCGAGCGUGAGAGCUGCCUUCGAUUACAUUCGAACAAGCACCGAGGAACUGAUGGAGUGGAUUGGCUGGAAUGGCUGGCACGGAUGUGACCACAAAUGCGCAUUUAACGAACUCUGUUACAUCCCUAUGUGGCCUGUCAUUUAUGCACCAGGAAAACAUCAAGGUGGAAUUUACGCUGACGAUUCCUAUACGGAAGCUGAAAUGGUUGAAUUCUGGCGGCCAAAAUGUAUUAAUAGAACGUUAUUUGAUAUAGGAGGAGGACGUGCACGCGAACCAUCCCACCAGCUCCCCGAUGUACCGUCACACCUCCCAACAUCCACACUAAUAAUCGACACUUAA